GAGUCCUGCGGUUCUUCGCCGGCACCGAUUGGCUGUGGAUCACCUGGUCAGCGCGUGGCAGUCUUCCGCCUGGAAGCUCCUCGUGGGCUUAGACCAGAGGUCUUCAAACAUGGCAGCUUUAAGACUUGCGGGCUUCAACUCCCAGAAUUCUCCAGAAUUAAGAAUUCUGGGAGUUGAAGUCCACAAGUCUUAAAGCUGCCAAGUUUGAAGACCUCUGGCUUAGACGAACAGUUUCCAUAAUAUUGAAUGUCCAUGCCGGUCAACGUAGUGGACCCAAUGCAGCUGAAACUGGCAUAUUGGGAAAUUUUUUGCCUAGAUCAGGUUUCUACAAACUGAAAACUCAAGAAUUAUUAAUUAAUUUAACCCUACUUAAAUGCAUUUGCUGGAGCAUUAAAACAGCCAUAUCUCCAUGCUGCAGAUUUUGAGUCACAAAGGAGGAGCCCUAUUUUCACAUCGGAACUGUAUGCUACGUUAUAGAAUAAAACCUAAACAUGGCCAAGGUGAUCACAAUGCUUCAAACCCUCCGAAAUCAUUGGAAGAAGACUACAGUUGGGAUCUGCCUGGUUACAUGGGGAGGAAACUGGCUUUAUGGAAGACACUGCGAUAACCUGCUAAGGAGAGCUGCAUGCCAAGAAGCCCAGGUAUGGGGCAACCAAAUUAUUCCUUCCAAUAUGCAGAUAAAGAAAGCAACAGUAUUUCUCAACCCUGCAGCUUGUAAAGGCAAAGCCAGAACUCUUUUUGAAAAGAAUGCAGCCCCAAUUCUCCACUUAUCUGGUCUGGAUGUAACUGUGGUGAAGACAGAUUAUGAAGGGCAAGCAAAGAAGUUGUUGGAACUGAUGGAAAACACUGAUAUGAUCAUCAUUGCAGGAGGAGAUGGAACAGUGCAAGAGGUUAUAACUGGGCUCCUCCGAAGAGCAGAUGAGGCAGCUUUCAGUAAAAUUCCCAUUGGAUUCAUUCCUCUUGGAAAGACCAGCACUUUAAGUCAUACACUUUAUACUAAGAACGAUAACCAAGUCCAGUGUAUCACGGAUGCCACAUUGUCCAUACUGAGAGGAGAGACAGUUCAACUUGAUGUCUUGCAGAUUAAGGGGAACAAAGAACAGGCAGUAUUUGCUGUGAGUGGCUUACGGUGGGGCUCUUACAGAGAUGCAGGAGCAAAAGUCAGCAAAUACUGGUAUCUGGGACCUCUGAAAAUCCAGGCAGCCCAUUUUUUUAACACAUUAAAGGAAUGGCCUCAGAAACAUCUAGCUUCCCUUACCUAUUUGGGCCCUAUUCCAAGGCCACCUGAGGAGCCAGAGCAGAAGACAUCUCGACCUCCUUUAUACAUUAGGCUUUAUAAGAGACUUGCAUAUUAUUGGACACCCACCCCCAAAGAAAUUCCAAAGGAGGAGACUCCAGAAGCCUGGAAUGAAAUGCCACUGUCUACCCUUGAAUUCUCUGUCACUACUCAGAACAGGAAUCUCGACUUGAAACGUGAAGAAGACUUCAUGAAUAUUUGUAUUGAACCAGAUGCAAUCAGUAGGGGAGACUAUGUAAAAAGAGGAAGCCAAAAGAUGAAGGACCCACACUUGUGUCCUGAAGGAAGUCAAUGUCUCCAGGCUAGCAGAUGUGUUUUGAAGCUUCCAGAGGAUACAGAAGGCUCCUUAGCUAUAGACAAUGAAGAGCAUGAAGCAAUGACAGUGGAGGUGAAGCUGUUGCCCAGGAAACUCCAUUUCUUCUGCGAUGCCAGGAAAAAAGUAAUGCUCCAAGGUAUAUCAUAAUCAAAGCAGCUGGUUCAAGGUGUAUUGUUAUCAAAAGGUUGACUUGGAUGACUGCCCGAACUGUUUAACGAACUGCAUCUGAAGCCUGCACAGCUUUCCUUCAGUUAUGAUGAAAGCCUUCCUUUUUCAAACUUAUGCAAGUCAGAAAUUGAGGAAGAACUAAGGUGGAAACAUUUUGUUUUCUCUUUUCGUCCGGUUCCAGUUAUUUCACAAAAAACGACUUCCCAAAUAUCUCUGUGGCAAGUGUUUUCUUAAAACGCUUUUGGUAUAAACUUCUAUUUGUAUACCUGGUACAUAUGUACUUUCAGCUCAUUGAACAUGCUCCUGUUUUUCCCUCAUGUUGCUUCUUUUCCCAUUUCAAUACUUGAGGUAUGGGCAGCCCAUCGGUGUUAUGCUUAUGUUUAGAAAAGUAACUAAAAAUUAAGAGGUGUCUCAGAGAAAAGUAUCUAAAAUAUAAUCACUAAUAACUGAUCAGUGAGCCUGUACACCGCCCUGAGUCCUUCGGGAGAAGGGCGGUAUAAAAAUCAAAUAAAUAAAUAAAUAAAUAAAAAUUAGAUCAGAAUCCUGCAGCUUGACUGGCAGCCUGUCUCUGGUAUUAAGCACAUAUUAUCCUACUCUUAUUCUACAAGAGGAAGGAUGCAAAAAAGAUCAAAUCUGGAACUUCUUGCAUGCAAAAGACCCAUAAUCGCUACUUCCAUCAAGCUGAUUUCUGACACUUAAUAUUUAACGAAGCACAGGUUUUUUUGGCACAUGAGCCACCUGAGUUUGGAAUAACAGUCUUCUGGAGUUUUGUUUGCAGAAAGAACAAAAUGAAGCAGUUUACUUCAUGUUUUGGAUGUCUUUAUAGACCACACAGCUAGGUUUCUUUUUCAAAAAAUACCUCGUCAGCCAGGUAGACUCAGUGCACUAAUAAAUAAAACUGGUUAAUUUUCCUGUUGCCACUGGGUGGAGCUAGUUGAGGGAAUUAUCUUUCUGUUUACCUGUUAGGGAAGUUUAUUUUCCACUUUUAAUGGUUUGUUUUGAGACGUUAGGUUGUAACAAUGCUGUCACCCAUCUGUUCUUUGCCUUUUAUGCUGUCUUUUAUAGACAGAUUGCCAAAUACAAAAUAAUGCACAGCAGGAGUGCAUUAUAGUUAUUUUGCUAUUCAGUCUUCAAGUUACCAAAUACUAAACAUGUUGCUUUAUUCAUCUGCUGAACUUUAAAGACAAGGCCAAAUGUGUGUGUGUGUGUACUGUACAUGAACAUUAAAAAGAUAUAAAUUGAUAGCUGGAAAAGUGUAUUUCUGCAUUGAAGUCGUUCAUGAGCUGGACUGAAGUAAACCCAUUACUAAGUAUUGCCUUUUUGAUUGAGAGCUGGCGUUGAAAAAUACAUGCUUAAUUAUUCCUUUGUUUGCUAUUUUUUAAUUAAAUAUGAAAACAA